AUGGAAGGCUUAAUUCCAUUUCUUUUUCAUGCCCUGAAGAAGCAAAGGCCACAACACAGGUACAGGUCCUUUUCUCAGAGCAACUCCUCCAACCGCAGCUACCAUCUCCUUAUGAGUGGCCAGGAUUCAUUAGAGGGCUCCUCUCAUCGCCGGACACGAUCCGAAUUUCAGCCUCCUGUUAGUACUGCUGGCUUCUUUGAGCAGCGGCCCGCGAAUGAAUUUCUUCAUUCGCGGGGCCUCAAGGAAGAAGGCGGUGUUUCUGCUGCUCCUUCAGUGCUCAUUGGAUCAUCAAAGAUGGGUUCCUAUCCUUACCAGGUCUCUAAUGCGGGUAUGGCUAAAAGGAAAUGA